UCGUUACAGAGUUAAUAAACGUUUUUAUGUCAUAUUCUCACGAAGUAUCUAGACUUUCACUACCAUAACCAAGAACGACAAGAGCUAAAAGGGGGAGAAUCCAGCGGUUCCUUGUUUUAGGAGUAUAUGACAUGAACGCCACAGAUGACAGACACGAGAUACAAAGGGUUGGAAUCCCAUCCAGGUACUACAAAUGACCUAUUGUUAGAAAAAGUCCAAGGAAAUGAAGAAAUUAACCAGAAAGUAGAGUUUUUAGAGAAAAGGCCAUGGAGAAAAGCUGGUGCUAAUAUCUCAGAUUACUUUAACUAUGGUUUUGAUGAAGAAAGCUGGAAUGCUUACUGUAGGAAACAAGCAGAACUUCGUGGCAUGAUAAGAAAGGCCCAGAAGAGGCACACUGGAUAUGAAGAAGAGGAGGUGUUUUGUGGUUAUUCUUCCUCAGGCAGACCAUCUAUUCUAGCUUUCAGAGAGUCAGAUCCUAUCACUAAUUUGGCUGGAGGACAACCUGAAUCCAGCAGAGAGGAUGGGCACCAAUGUCAUAAUGAUGGAGGCAGCAACACUCAGGUUGUUUGUGAGAUGUGCCAUUGUGAGGAUAGCAGUAGUGCUUAUCAACUGCCACCUCCACUCAGCAAGAACUCUUUCUUUAAAUUUAUUAAAAAGAGAGUUCCACCACGUCCCCAACCUCCCUCCUCUACUGCUACUUCGGGCAGUGGGAACUCUACAGGUUUUAACAGCCCAUCAGCUUCAUUAUACCCGUAUUCAUCAAGAAGAAUCACCAUCAGCCCUGGAGUGAUUGAUACCACCAACGCUCGGGAAUGCUACAUAUCGCAGGAAAAGCAUGACAAGGAUAGAGACAGAUCCAGAGCGCAUGGUCAAGAUAAAGAGAACAAAAGAAGCAGAUAUAGAGAGAAGGAGGGCUGCUCCUCUUCCUAUUAUAGGGAAGCACAAAUGAAGCACAGGGAGUCUAGGAACCAAGGGUACCAGUAUCGCUGUGACAGAGGCAGUGGAAAGAAGAGAAAGAGCAACAAAGAUGAUGGAUCACGAAAAAGAUCAGAAAGCAGCAGUGUCAGGAGCAGCAGAAGUAGCAGAGAUGUUGGUGGGAACAGGGACAGUAGACACAAACACAGAAAAGCCAAGACAUGUAGGAAGAACAAGGAAACCAGCAAGGAGUUCUCUCCUAACAAAAAAAGGAAAUUAAAAUCUGACUGACUUUCAGUCUCCCAGCCUGAUUAACAGAGAACUGCCCUAUGGCCUCUUACAUUAUAUUGUUUCGGAAAAUUAAUUAACAGAUAACAUCGUUCACGCAUUAAUAUUUUCAGUAGUUAUAAUUCAUUUAAAUUAAUAAUUCUAUUGAAAAACUAAGGAUAAUUUCAUGAAUGUUUAGUACAGUAUGCAUUCAUUGUUGCUUUUUCUGUUGAUUUUCUUCAGAUGAAGGGAAUGUAUGCAUGUAGCUGUGUGAAUCCCAGGGUGAUAUGCUUUUAAUCAUCUUUGUCACAGCAACCAACUUUUCAAAUGAUUUUAUUGAUCAGUUAACCAAAUGUACCAUCAGAUAUACUACACAGGCCGAAGCGUGACAGAUAGAACUGCAGUAGAUGGGCCUCAGCCCUUCCACGGAUACACAGAAACCAAGUCAUUUUUUUUCUUAAAUGUAAGAAAAUUAGUAAGGCCUCCACACUGUUAUCUAAUUAAAUAUCUUUUAACAUGUUA